GCUGGAUGUGGACAAAGUUGGUUAUUCAAAGCAAGUUUUGAAUGAAGUCACCGCAGAAGAGAAGAGGCGGCCAUGGGAGGCUCUAACAUCCGUCUGUGGACGCUCUCAGCUGGGAUGCAAAGUGCGCCUGAGUCGCGCCGUUGGAGACCAUGAGAAGAGAGCCAAAGUGCACCUGACUUGCUUGAAGUGUGUGUCCAUCGCCAUGUCCUCCUCUUCGGCGAGGAAGCUGACUCUGUGUGAGGCCCUGACCUUUGUCCUGCUGCUCGUCGCUCCCGUCUGCCUGCCCUCCCUGCAGAGCGCUUCCUGGGUUUCUGCGUGGGGUCCUUAUAGGGAAGCCUCAUUGGGCCGUCCGGCGCGACCCCGACGCCAACUGCACUUUAGGAACGAAUGGGCAAGCUGGAGUGGAUGGUCUGUGUGCUCGCGAAGUUGCGGUGGCGGUGCUUCUGUGCGUACACGAACCUGCAUCACCAGAAACCCAGUGGGUGGACCAUGUGGAGGGGAUCCCAGACAAUACAAGAUCUGCAACACCAAGGAGUGCCCUCCGGGCUCAGAAGAUUUUCGAGAGAUGCAGUGUGCUGCUUUCAAUGACAGACAGCUCGUGGCAGGAAACUCAUUCAGAUGGAAAACCUUUCACGGAGGUUCCAACCCCUGUGAGCUCAGCUGCCUGGCCUUGGGUCAUAACUUCUAUUACAACUUUGGUCGUGUGCUUGACGGCACAGCCUGCGACAAAGAGCCCGGAGCUGUGUGUGUCAACGGACGCUGUCUGAAGCCUGGCUGUGACUCCAUCUUGGGUUCCAAGCAGCAAGAGGACGCCUGCAUGGUCUGUGGAGGGAAGAACACCACCUGCCUUCAUCACAGGAGUGUUUACCAGAGCAACGGCCUGGAGGCAGGUGGGCCUUUUGGAUACAAUGAAGUAGCCAAGAUACCAGCUGGAGCCACUCACAUCCGUGUCACGGAUAACAGCCGGAAUUAUCUCGCUCUCCAGAAUGGUCGUGCCCAGUUUGUGAUCAACGGGAACUGGAAGAUUAGCGUCCCAGGGGAGUACAGUGUGGCUGGAACCAAACUUCUGUACCGGCGGUCUGCAGACACCUGGGAGAGCUUUGAGGUCCCAGGCCCCACCCAGGAAGACUUACGUAUAAUGGUUCUGGCCACAGACAGAAACCCAGGGAUUGAGUAUGAGUACUGGUUGCCACCAGACCAGUACGACCUUUACCAUGGGAGGAGAAGCCCUCUGCGUCAGACUCACCUCUCUGACAGCUACCUCCCCUGGGAGCAACCCACCACAACUACCACUACACGGCUUCCCCAGGUCACCACCCGCCCCCACUGGUCAUUAAGAAGGCCCGUGAAGCCGCCACGCCAACCUUCCCACCCCGUUGUGCCUCGCCUGGAACGAGAGGAGAGACACAGAAACCUGCUACCUCAGCCCUCACCAGGAAGGCAUUGUGGGAAAUGUAGACGAGUUAAAGGUCGAAGAGAGCGCCAGAGGCAGUAUUGCCAGAAGGAUUUUGUUUUUCGUGCCAGAGUCCUGGGGAAGCUUUACAGAGGCGCAGAGACGCGUUACGAUGUCCAGGUCCUCCACACUUACCGUAACAGCUUCCGUCUGGAGCACCGUGAGUUCCUUUGGGUCCCCAAUGUGUGUGACUGCCCCCAUCUGGAGCCCGGCAGGCAGUACAUCCUGAUGGUGCGUCGACACAUCAACUACGAACAGACGCUAAACCGCAUUCUGCUGGAGGAGGACAGCUACGUGGUGCCAUACAGACCCAGAGAGGAUGAACUGCUGCGGCCGCUGGAGAGGCUCUGCAGCAACAGAGGACAGAAGCGGCCUGCGGUGUGAGCCCGGUGAAACAUUGCAUCAGCGUUUUCCUGUCUGGACCUUCAUCAUCCACGGACACACAAAUGUCCACACAUGGACAAAACUCUCCACUCCACACAGAGGAACCAAAGAGACUCCAUGUUUAUUUAAAAGCCUGCAUGGCUUACUAUAACAUAUAGAGCACUUUAGGUGGACACCUGCAGCCACCUGUAAACACACGCCAAAGAGCAUUGACUCAAAUAUGACAUGUAAUUGCUGUUCUUCAAAAUAUAAUUAACUUUAUACUCUGUAUUAUUUCUUUAUGCAUGCCAGAUUUGAGGGAAAAUCCACCUCAGCACUAUUACUGUACACCUUGAGGUACCACUUUGCAAUGGGGUACCCUGAAACAUGGUUAAUGUAUAGCCAAUAUGUAAUUAUUUAUUUUGUAAUGUCUGAUCCUGGAGUGUCUACCAUUUACAAGUGGCAAAAGGGAGCCUUAAUUUAAAGUAGGAUGGAUAUUAGGAGUGAGGUACUACCAUUUAUAACUACAGUCUCUUAGGCGUAUAAGUCAAAAUGCAUCAUGAAGAGGACAAAUACAGUAUACUGUAUAUACAGUAAGUCACACUGGACUAUAAGUCACAUUUACCGGUAUUUAUGAUGGCACUGUCAUCAGAGGAGGGGGCAAUGUUUACACCAACAUGGGGACAAACUAAAGCCACAGAAGCUGAAAUAAGUCCUUUUCAAGUAUAUGGAGACAAUAAAAACGUACCUGUUUAAUAAAUGCCAGAAUGUUCUCCAAGAAGACACUUUUAAUACGUGACAUAAUACCUGGACGCAAAAAUGUAUCAAACAGCCGUAUUUUAACACCAAUGUUUUAAUGUUUAAUGUUUUAAGUCUCAAGAACAAAGUACUUGUAUGUUAUUUUUACAUGACUAUAUAAUUAUUAUUAUUAUUGUAGUAUAAUGUUAUUACAGUAGAACCCGUUUAAGUCUGUCAAGGACAACCCGUCUUAUGUCAACCAACUCCACCGUGUUCUUCUUAUUUUGAGAAAGUGCCCUCGUGAGAUAUCCAUGGUUGCUUUUGUUGACAUAAAAUUUUGGACCAGUGAUUCUAAUUUGGGGGGCCCUGACCCAAAAGUGGGUCGUAGCGGCGUUUUCAAUGGGUCACGUUUUUAUGCCUGGGCAAAACAUAACAAUAACAAUGUAAUGACCCGAUGUCCAUGAAUGUACUGUACAUCACAUUCUUGUCUGUGCUAUUCGCUUGCUUACACCGCCGCGAGGUGCGUGCCAUGUUUAUUGUCGACUUUGUCAAGCUUGAGCGGGAAAGGGAGACAAUUCAGUUGGGACCUAACGUGCCUUCCGUCCCGACACACAGUUGCAGAUAUCUGCUGGAGAACAGCACCUCUGCAGCUCACAUUGUGUUGUAAACAGUUAUUUUAUUGGCCCGUGACACAUUCUGAAAAUAUAAUAUCUAAACAUAAAAUAUAAUAUGUAGAGAAUUUAACAAGAAUCAGCAUGUUUGGGUAUUUGAAUGGCUCCACCCACACUCUGAACUGUCACUACCAAAAUUCCAUCCACUUCAGCACAUUCUCUUGUAGGAGAAUGUCAACAACUAUAUUUCAGUUUUUACAACAGCAUAGAGUUUCAAUUAAAAUGUUUUCGCUUUAUUGUUAUAGUUAUAACAUCUAUUAUUUAUGAUUAUUUAGCAUAACCUAAUCAAGUGAUGAAAAUGUCAUGUAAUGUCGCAUCUAUAAAAUAUUAAUUAGUCAACCAGGUCAAUCCGUCCUGCUCCUUUUAAGCAUCCUUUUGAAAAUGACCUUGAAAAAAAAUUGGAGAGGAAUAACUGAUGUUUCUGUCGUAAGCCCUGCUUCUAUUCUGGCAUGCCUAACUAACCAAGACAAGAUGAGACAAAUUGCAAAAAAUAGAACAAAAUGUCUAACCUGUUCCGCAAUAUGACAUUUUAUCCAGUAAUCCCUUCGUGCCUUGAAUUUUGUGGCUUCAUUCUAUCACGUUUCUUCAAAAAUAUAUUAAUUAAUAAAUCAUUAAUAAUAAAUGAGUCUGUUGUGGUUGAAUAUGGCCUAUUAUUAGACAAAAAAGAUGCAUAUUUAAGCAAGUUUUACAUAUUUUUUUGCCUAAAUUAAGCAAAAUCAAUUGGCUAAAUCAACUAACAUACAAAUAUAAGGCAUUCAGAAGACGCAUUCAAAGACGUAAUGAUAUGUAGUCUUCCACACUGGUCACUUGGUGUCAGUAAGGUUACUGUAAUGUUCGGUAAGACACACAAGCACCAGACUAGAUCACCGGAACAACAGGCUUUUAUUGCAGGUUUGAUUUAUCUCACAACAGGGACAAUAAUCCCUAAUAAAAACACGGGCUACUGUUGCAGCCGUAACCCACGCCAAGCUAAAACUCAACUCUCAACCCCCGACUUCACUUCCUGUCCUCCCACCACUCAGUUCCCCUACCACCGGAACACAUUAUAUUGGGUAAUAUGAGUGUAAGCGUGACUAUAGGGGUGUUAUUUCAUGCAUAGGCGGCGGCUCUAAUAAUGUUAAAAACCAUGUUUACAAGGUUGUGAACACAUUUUCUAAGCUAUAACUAUGAAAAUAUUUCAUUUAUAAAGAAGGAAUCCUACUUUGUGGAAAUUCACUCAUCAAGGUCUGGUUUGCAACCAAUUAACCAUGCUAAACGAGGGAUUACUGUACUAGAAAUGUAUUUUGGCGGGAUAAAAGCCUCAAACAUCCAAUCCACUUGUUUGAUUGGGCCCUUUUUCAAUGCUUGUUUCCAGCAUCGCAAAAAAAAACAGAAACAAAGAUGAAUGAAAUGAAAAUUUGCUGUACCAUGGAUCCCCGCUUGUUCCGGGACCACCAAUGAAUGGCGAAAAACUGAGAGUAACCGCCCGACGACAGCCAAUCUGGGAUCAGCAUUUGCUAUAAAAGUGACUGAUGUAAUUACUAGGUUAGAUUCACUUCCAGAACUCUCCUCUUAUCUCUUCCUUUGCCAUUGUUCACUCGUGACACAAUCCCUAAAUAUGGCUCACACACUAAUGAACACAUUUAAAGUAUCAAAUUUAUAAGUACUCACCACUAAUGAAUGAUAACGGAAGACGAUCGAUGACUCGAAUCUUUUGCGUCUCAGCACACAAUUAUGGUGCGUUCAAGGACGCCAAACAAAGUGCGAAAUCUCAACGCUUGAGGACAAAACAUUAUCAGUGAAGCAUACAGACAUAAAUGUGAAAACUGGGCUUUUUUGUAACAGUGGCACAUGUAUACUGUACAUUUGACCUGUAUUACCAUGUAUUUAUAAAUUAUUACCGACUUAGGGUGAAUGAGAUGUGUUUUCCGCAGAACAAAAACAGCCUAUUUUCAAAGAAAAAAAAUAAUGAAACUAUUUUUUUCAUCAAAAAUCAGCUGCGUACUGUAAAAUUGCAAAUGUGAUUUCAACGUAUGAAACACGAUCUGUCAAGCGCCCAACUGAAUUUGAGAGGUGGAUUGUUUUUUUUGGACCGUCGCUCAAUAUUUUGUUGCAUCGCCUGAAUAUACUGUAGGUAUGUACAGUAUGUUCAGAAGCUUCAAGCAAAACUUGUCACUUGCUACAGUUGUGUGGCAUCUUUCACAGUGUCAUGGCUGUUCAUCCACCUUGUUCUGUGGUGAAUGAGAUUUGUUUUACAAUACCAAAGGAAAUAUACAGUAUUUUAUUGUGUGGCACUGAUUGACUUCAACUAUAAACUAUGUCAAUGAACUAUAACUGUUUUGAAGGGAACUGUGUGUCUUGUAUGUCUAUCGACAUGUUACGAUGUUUCGCGGUCUUAUCUUCAACGCUUGAGGCUCCAAAGAAAAGGAAAGUGAAAAGUGAAAUGAAAUA